CAUCAUCUCAUCGCUAAAAAGCGGGAACACAACUUCCUCUGCUGGCCAUUAUGACUAAUACAUUCACUCUACUUCCUAGCCUGCCACCCGAACUGCAAGCCAAAAUAUGGGAAGCAGCUAUCUUGAUUGAUGCGCCACAGAUCGUUGAAGGCCAGGUCCACAAACAAGAACACGAGGGCCACGGAGAAUGCGAGGCGUCCCUGAUUAACUUCAGCGGCGACGAUGACGACGCGCGUCACCACAACUCCCAGACCUACGGGUGAUUGUGUAACUCGUCGUCUGCUCGUCUUUCCCUGGGCAGCGUCAAAACAAAGACGGCGUCCCGCCUUCAUCGACGUAUGCCGCGAGUCUCGCCGAGUGGCCCUCCUGUGUGGGGCCUUGCCUGAUCUCUGGCUUGAUGUCCGUCAUCAAGUACCCCGGCCCGUCUGGUUUCGUUUCGGAGUCGACAUUGUCUUUAUGCCUAACCUCGACGAAAACAUCUACCAACUCCAGCCGCCUCUUGAAAACCCUCAUCACUUGGCCCGCAUACGCCAUCUCGCUGUCGACUGGGCUUUCUUCCACUGCGGCAGAUGGGAGCCCGACAGCGACGAGUACAGGGGGCCGAAGUUGGUGUGCACUUCGAGGAGCCCCCCACCUGCGAAGGACUCCCCAUACGCCUUGCUGUCAUGGCUCCCGGACGCGCACUCCCACGCUGCACAUGUCGCCAGCAGCCAGGCACCUGGGUCGAAAGCGAACGCAAUAUCGAUGCUACUUUCAGGUCUGAAUGGCUGAGAACCUAUGUGCACACUGAGUUCUGGGAUAAGGGCGUUGGGAUUAUCUUUCCCCCGCGCGUUCAUGGUUGCAUCCUGCUGCGGAAGGGUUUGGAUCUUGAAAAGGUCAAGUCGCAGGAAACAGACAGGGCAUAUGAUACAGAUCGAAGCAUUUUUUUUUUUGGUGCAGGAGAAUAGCUAUGUGGCUAGAUGGUGUUUGUAACGGGUAGGUCUAGGUAGG